UUAUAGAAUCAUAGAGCGAACAGCAACAAGCACACCAUGACGCCGGUAAAGUUUUAUUUCGAUUUUCUUAAUCAGGCCAGCCGAUCGCUUUACAUAUUAUUGGAGGCAUCCAAGAUUCCAUUCGAGGCGAUACCCAUAUCAAUGGUCAAAGGUGAGCACUUGACGGGCGAGUUUCGGGACAAAGUCAAUCGGUUCCGCAAGCUGCCCGCGAUCACCGAUCACGGCUAUCAGCUGUCCGAGAGCGUGGCCAUCUUCCGUCAUCUGGCGCGCGAGAAGCUCGUGCCGGAGCACUGGUAUCCGCAUCGUCAGCUGGGCCGCAGUCGCGUCGACGAGUAUCUCGCCUGGCAGCAGUCGAACAUGGAUGUGGCAUGCACCGAUUACUUCCAGCAGAAAUGGCUGGUGCCCUACCUGCAGAAGACCCGACCCUCCGACCAUGCGGUGAAUUCAGCCAGCAAGAAGCUGGAGCACACGCUGAAUGACUUCGAGGAGCUGUUCCUCAACUCACGCAAAUUCAUGCUUGGCGACAACAUUUCGUACGCGGACUUGAGUGCCAUCUGUGAAAUAGAUCAGCCGAAGUGCAUUGGCUACAACACCUUCAAGAAUCGCACCAAGCUGGCCCGCUGGUACGAGGCAGUGCGCGAGGAGCUGGGCCCCUACUACAGUGACGUCCACAAGGAGUUCGAGGCCAAGUUGAAGCUGACCAAGGCGCAGCAGCAGCAGGGCGAGAAGCAGGCGCGGGCCGUCGAGCAAUGAUCGGUCCGGAUCAGAUCAGCUUUUGUUUAUAUAUUUCUCUAUAUACGUGUAUAUAUACCCUGUACACAAUCGAACAAAGGUAUACGCCUUUGCGUCUGUCUGUCUGUAUGCGUGUCUGCUUAUUGAACUUUUUUAAAUGUCAAAUAUCUGAGAUCAAUUUUAGAAAAACCCUUUUCAAAUCGAAAAGUGCAUUAACUAUUCCAUAAAUUUGAAUGGAAUCUACCUAAUGUGUACAGGGGCUAAAAAACAAAUAUAUUCGGUCUCCGAAGGUAACUGUUUAUUUUUUUGUUUUUUUUUUAAUCGUUUAUAGCUGUUACUUAUUAAACUAUGUGUAUAUAUUUAGAAAACUAUGUUAAAAUAUUAUAUCGAAAGAAAAAAAAACUGAGUUUUAAGUUAAUUUGAUCUGCGUUAUAGAAGCACUCUGAAAUAUUGUUAAAAAUCGAUGUAUUCUACCGUUCUCUAUGUGCAUAUAUAAAAACUUUGACCUCACAGGUGGUUCCACACCUGUUUCCGCAUCUAUUCCACUGUGAUGAGGGUAUUCGGCAGUCGAUCAGAUCCGACUGUAAAGUUCUCACUUGUUGAAAUUUACGACAUUAAUAAAUUGGUUUUG